AUGUGUGAGCAGGAAGGCCUGAAUGUGCGGAGUAAAAAUGUGUGGCUACCCGUAGACAAAAAUGAGGUAAAAACAGUAAAGAAGAAGGAAGACCACAUGGAGUCGGCGAGAGAGGAGAACGAUGUCGAGUAUCAAUUAAAUCAACUGAUAGGCAGUGGCGAUGAUUCCGUGCCAAUAAUACAAGUAAUUGGGCCGUAUACGUGCGGGAAGACGGAAACGAUCAAAAAAUACAUGAAAAAGAACAAAUAUGUCUACACAUAUAUGGAUUUAUCAGUAUAUCAGCACUGUUCGAACGGCGGAGUACUUUUGGAGUAUGAGUGGAACAGGUUUAAAGCCAGUGUGUUAGAAGGCCUGGACUGUAAGAGCGGGGAGCUGAGGACCUUUAACAUGGAAAACGGAAACAAGCUGAUACAGUUCACGAGGCUGCUAUUUAAGGCCAUGAGUGAUAUGAGUGGAAGGUCUGACGUGAAGGCGGAGGACGAGGAGGAGGCUUCGGAGAGUCUAACGACUAAGAAGCGGAGGCUGGGUGCUGGGGGUUCUAGAGGGAAGCCAAAAAGGCCCACAAAAUCCGCGGGCAAGGCAAAAAACAGCUACGACAACAGUACCAGUAACACCGAUAAUAAUACCAAUAACGAUGGUAGCAACGAUAGUAACAAUAACACGGAUAGUAAUACCAGUAACGACGAUAAUACCAAUAACACGGAUAAUACCAAAAACAACGACGCCAACAACGAUAGUAGCAAUAACACGGAUAGUAAUACCAGUAACGACGAUAAUACCAAUAACACGGAUAAUACCAAAAACAACGACGCCAACAACGAUUGUAACAAUAACAACGAUGAUGAAGCUACAUCACCGAGGAAUGAAAGGAAAAUAUUCUAUGUGUUUGACAAUUUUAACGACUUGAUAAACCAGAACAACAAGCUGUUGAUCAACAUACUUAAAAUCCACGAGUAUCUUCACAUUAUAGACUUGGAUCAUAGAACGAUGAAUGAGGGGAAGCGCACAGUAUACAAGGGAAACAAGUUGGUUCUUAUACUUAUAGGAGCAUAUGAAGUGCCAAUAAACUUUCAAUUUAACUUGCCGAUGCCAAAAGUAUUCAUAUUUCCUUCGAAAACAAGGGAUGAGUUGGUGAAUCAAAUAGUAAAGGCGACAAGGAUAAGAGAGAGUUUUGUAAAAUACGUAGUUCAAAUACUGUUCAACUAUUACCACAACGACAUAAAGUCAAUGUUGCUAUACAUAAAUUUAUUGUGGAAUACCUAUAAGAGUAAGUAUAAGGUAGACGAUGGAGAUGAGGAGAUGGGAUUAGGAGAAGGUUGGGAAGAAAGAGUGUUGGACGUGCACCUCUACAACAUAAUAAGUAACUAUAAGACGAGAUACAUGAGUGUCAUAACAGAGAGUGAGUACGGUAAAAUGAGUCAAGUACAAGACAGUUAUGGGAACAGAAGCUAUACCAGUUACAAUGAAUACAAUGGCUACCACGUAGGUAACAAUGUGUAUAAUAACAGAGUUGGCUACAGCGGGUACAGUGGAUACAAUAACAGAGUUGGCUACAGCGAGUACGGUAACGACAAUAGUGGACGGUGUGGAUAUUACAGUAGUUUGAGCAAUUGUAGGAAUAUAAUAGGAAACAAGCUGUGUAAAAUAAUCAUACUGAGCGGAUAUGUGUCGUCAAAAUACACGUUUCAUUCAAACACACAGUACUAUAAAAGAUACGUAGUGCCGAAUGAAAAGAAGACGGAAAAGGAAACGGUAAACAAGGUUAAAAAAAAUACAAGAAAAGUAGUAAACAAAGAAAAAAAAGAAAGUAAAAAGGGUAAAAGGAGCGAAGAAAACGUAGUUAAGAAAGGAGAAUUUGAUUUAAAGUACUGGCUAGCCGUAACGCAACUGAUGCUGAUAGCAGCAAAGUUGAAAAGAACAACAAACUAUGAAAUAUACAAACACGUAAGAACAUCAAAUAGAAACACAGAUAAAGAUGUCGAGGAGGGAUACGUGCACAUAAUUAGCGGAAAUAGAACUAACUUGGUAAUAGGGAAGAGCGGUCUCCUGUUUACGGACUACACAACGAACCUGAGCAACAACAGUGGAAAGUAUAACCUGAAUAACCUAACACUGCUAAACAGUAACUUAAAGUUCUGCCUAAACGUAAGUGAAACGAAAGUCACACGGGAGUUCAUAAGUGAUAUUGAGAAGGAUGUUGAUCUAGAUGUACACGCAAUGUUUAAUAUUUGUUAA